AUGCACAGUGAACAGGAGCAUCCACGAACUCGUCCCCGGGUUUCACGGGCGUGUGAGAGAUGUCGAGUCAAGAAAGCAAAGUGUGACGGCGAGAGGCCUUGUAAAAGAUGCAACCUCGACAAGGCGCUUUGCUCGUAUAAGGUACGACGGAAACCUGAAUCGGUCAACGCAUCUCAAAGAUACACUGAUCUUCUUCUCCAACAUCACGCCGCUCUCACAGCCGGCAUAUUGGAGCUCUACUCGCGUCUUCUCAACGGCCAACAAUGGGAAGGCCCCCCCGUCGAAGAAGUCAAUGGAAGUCCUAGUGUUCAUUGCAUUCUGGAACGGCUGGGUGUGGUAGAGAGCGAAGACGAUAUCGACCCAAAUCCCGAUCCCUCCGCCGUCAAAUGCGAACCGAUCUCACCUUUAAAUCCCAAAACUGUGCGCCCCAUACCCAAAGUCAAGAAACCACUGAGACCCAUGACGCGAAAAGGCUCUGAAGCCCCUGAAUCAAUACGGUCACCCGUCUCGACAACGACAUCAAGAACCGGCCCCCGGACCAUUGCACCAGACCUAUCGCCUUUUGACACAGAUGAAUCUUUCCCGUCCGCGUUCAUGAUGCAGGCAGCCUCGCAACCGUCAAGCUCUGGAGCACGAAGCGGCUCCUUCGACUCGUGCGGCCACAGCACAUGGGACUCACCCGGGUUUAGCGAAGAGUUGUUCACCACGCCAAUUCCCACGCCCACAACCUCCCCGAUCUGUACCUCCCAAUACCAGGAGUCUCGGCUUCCGUCCCAGAUUCAGACACAGACACAGACGCAAACACAGACGCGGUACUCGGGCCUGGCCAAUCAACCAAAUUACGUCCGAGACUCGAUUCCCACUCCGCUGUUGAUGCCAUAUACCUCCUCUCCGGACACGGGUACCGAAGGUUGUAACGCAGGAUAUUUCUUCGACGCCGCUGGUGGUAUGGGAUUGUACGGCUGGGACGGAAACGGCGUGGGAUUCGGUUCUGUCGGUCAGGACUAUAGUGCCUGGGACUCUGGUGUGUUUGUGUAG